UAGCAGGAGUAUGAGGGAGAGCUGCAAGAUGAUCAGGACAACAGUGAGGCAUUGAGCAGACUGAAAAUCAGGUGGUUUGUAACCUCUGAGGUGCUGGAAGAGCCUCCAAAGAGAGGAAACUCAUAAAAAGGUUAAGGCAAAACCAUGGUUUAUGGAAGGAUUUUUCUGGCAUGGUCACCCAGAACAGUCAGGUUUGCUUGGAAUACUGUGUUUGGCCAGCACAAUAUGCUGUACAUGUGGCUUGGCUGCAGUUCACAAUAAUUGUCCCUUUAUCAGAGAUAAACACAGAUCCUGCAAGAAUCCCAUUUUGUGGGGAUUUAGGUCUUUGUUUUUAGGAAAGCAGUACAAUGUGUAGAAAACCACAUGCAAUCAAAGAGUCUUUAUGAAAGGGGAGAAAAUGGUAAGAGAAAAUACUCCAGCGCAGAUCUGCGGGAGCUUCAGGGCUGUGAUUAGCAGUUCCCCGGUUACUUAGGUGAUACUCAUUGUGUAGAAGGUGUGGUUGAGUCUUGUUUGUCUGCAGUUAGCUGGAACUUUCCGUUUCAGCACAGAAACUACUUUCCCAUUUUCAUAAAUGGAAAGAAGAACAGUAAGUGAAAAUAAAGGAUAUUAAUGGAGUAACUGCUCUUGUAACAUCAUCAAUCAUGAAACUCAUUCUUAAAGACUGAUUAACUCAAAAAGAAAAUUAUAAAGCCCACCUGUCAUUUGCUGUGAUCAAGUACAGGGAGCAACAUGUUGUUCAGUCAAAGGAGACCUCAGACAUCCCAGUUGGUGGAGUUUCAUGUUUUUUAUGUCCCAGAAGAAGUGUGGAACUUCAAGCUGAAUACAGUUCCUGUAGCUCUUACUAGCAAAUUCAUCUCAGCUGGAUUUAUAAGGGUAUCUCCUCACAUCACAUUAAGAGUGCUACGGGAGAAGCUUGGAGAGUACCUGGGUGGAGUUUCAGCUGCAGAUAAAUUCAGAUUUUUAAAAUGCGUUGGGAAAAGACUAGUAGUGGUGAAAGCAAAACAAGAAACAGAGCUGGAACUGAAGUCGUUUGCUCCACCUUAUGCACUUUAUCCUGAAUUAUAUUUAUUACCUGAAGUGGAAUACUUUGAAGGUGUUUAUGCAUUAUCAGCAUCAACUCAACAAAGCCAUCACUUUAAUGGAGAAGCUAACAGGCCUGAUCAUAAAUCAGGAUUAUCCAGUCUUCCCCAACAAAAACCUGAAACAAGCAAACAAUUUUUAGAAAGCAUACAAAGCAGUAAUCAGCUAGAAAAUAAAGAAGUGCAUGGUCCUGUGGAAUGGGGAGAGAAAGAACCUGUUCCAGUUUUGCACACAAAUAAUAAGCAAGACCAUAACAACAGGAUUCAAGAAAAUCAUAUACAGCUUAGAGAAGAAGAUCAAAAUGGAUCCAAUGGAUCUUUCAUCACACCAAAUCAGUCAAAUCCUGCAGAUGAUUUGGAGUCUGGAAAGAGUGAUAUGGUAUUACAGACCUCUCAGCAAAAUCAUCUUAGCCAAGAUCAAAAAGAGCAUAACACUCCUAAGUGGAAUGAUGAAGCCAAAGGAACCACUCUUAUUCUUCAUGUAAACCACAGUGAUGAACAAUGCCAGAAUAAUCAAACACCCCAAAAUCACAUCAAGUACCAAAAGGAACUAACAAACAUGGGUAAUAAUCACCACUUAAAAGAUACCAAACUAAGAAAAGACAGAACACAGGAUGCUGGAAUUCUUAAAAUAAUGGAAGACCAAGCCACAGAAUAUGCAUGCAAAAAACAAAGCUUGUUGCAGUACAGAACUAGCAAGUCUAUAGCUAAUCCUGGUAAAAAACUGGAUAAUCAGGCUGGUGAAAACAAGCAAAAUCCUCUUAGUUGUCCAAAAGAAUAUAUUUCACCUCCUAAUCUACCUUUCCUGACAUUUUCUGUAAAUCCAGAUCAAGUUCCUGCAAUUCAGACAGCAAAAAACAAGAUGGUAGAACAAUUGCAACAAAUGAAGAAAGACAGAAUGCACAUGGAAAAAAAUAGAGAAGAACUGAUCAGAAAAGUUAAAGAGCUACUGGAACAACAUAAGCUGAAAAGAUACCAUGUUUGUGAGGAAUGGAAAAAGCAGUAUUUUGAAACUAAGAAAGCUACGGUUCCCCUGGAGGAUGCUUUAAACAAACUGCAGCAAGAUUUAGAGCUUUACCACCAGAAAUUACUCUUGCAACAGGAAGCCAGAGAUAGCCGAAAACGACCAAAUAAUAUGACAAACUCCAAGAAUUAUACAAUCAUCCAGAUUACUACAGUGCAGCCUGAACUCGUUCUACUGAGGAGGAAGCUGGAUGAUACAAAAAUGAAACUUGUAAUAGUAAUUAAGAUGAGAAAGCAGGCAGCAUCUGAUUUACGAGUGCUGAGAGCAGAACUGACACAGAAGAAGAUUCAUUCAGCUUUAAUUCGCCGGUCCAGAAAAUGAGGGAUUUAAGAGGAUGGCAUGCUUUAACAGCCAUAAAGUCCCCAGAAGCUCUGUAAUGUUUAUAGAAGAUCAGAAUUACAGAACAUUUGCCUGUAUGUUCUUGAAAUUAUCUUGUAAAAAGACACCAACUAUAUAAAUGUUGUGGAAUUUGUAUAAUAGGGUACUGAGGUACUGCGGCUCACUUUUUACAUCUCACUUUUAAUAUAACAUUAGUCAGCUACUUAAAUAUACAGUUUAACCUAGUAACAUGUCUAAAACAAAGUGAUUUUAAAAGUGCCAAUUAGUGAAUUGUGUAACAUCACAUUGGUAUGCUGAUGUUCUUUCAUUAACAAAAUACCUACCAAGAAAAUAAACCUAUAAUCUAUAACUUCCUGUUCCUAUUUUCAGGCACACACAUUUUUGGAAAAUGAUUAAAAUCAAUCUUCUGUAGAACUACA